CAAGGGCAUCCGCUUCCCGCGGAUUCCAGUUCAGCUCCUCCGAUGCCUUUUAGGCGUCCCGAAUAUUCUGCCCCCUUCUUCUCCUCCUCCUCCUCUUCCUCCUUCACCGCCCUCUUCCCUCCCUCCCCUUCCAAGACCAACUGCAACGACCCUCUUCGUUGAUUUCGCGAUGCUUGUUUGACCAUGGCCCGCAGUUUGUUUGGCAUCUGAUUGAUUGAUAAUCAUGGGGGAGGAACCGCCCUCGGAUCUCGCGGCGGAGGGGGCAGCUGCCCCCGCGAGGCCGCUCGCCGUUGUGGCGACCGCCUUUGAGGGUAUAUCAACGAUGAUCGACUGCGAUAGCGAUGGUCGCGGCGAUCUCAGCCUCGCUCCCUUCUCCAACGCCUGCUCCCUCGUCACCGUCCUCUUCGGCUGCCUUGGCCUUGCCUUCAAGUUUGCCGAAUUGGAGUACUCUUCCAAGGUAAAUGACUUGAUAGAAGCAUCAAAGACCUAUGAUACAUUAAGCAGUAUUCUAGAACAUGAUGUUGAAAAUGACUCCGUUAGAAAGCAAGGUAGCCAUUCCCGUAACCUUCGCAGAGUCAGGCUAGGUCUUGAUCUCGUCAAAGCUUUAUUUGAGCAGUAUCUGUCAUCAAGUGAUUGCUCAUUGAAAGAAGCUGCCUCAACUGCUUAUGGCCAAGUGUGUGCCCCAUUUCAUGCCUGGACAAUCAGAAAGGCUGUUGGUGCUGGGAUGUAUGCUCUUCCAACAAAGGAUCAAUUAUUACUGAGACUAAACGAAACUGAUGAUUCAGUGAAGAAGGAAAUGGAAAGAUACAUCGAUGCGAGCCGACCAAUUAUUGAAUAUAUUGACAAUCUUUUCCUUUCCAGAAACAUCAGUCUGGACUGGUGAUUCAUUCAUCAUCUUUUGUAACACCUUGUUUAUUUGGCAAUCAAGCAGAUGCUAAAGCAUCGUUGGUAUCGUUUCUUAGAACUUACAGAUACAUUUUUAUUGUUACAUUUUAACUCCCAAUUUUUUUGGUGUGUUUUAAAUAUAAAUAGGAAACCACAAUGCUUUGGUGUGCAGAUAA